UCGGCCGUGGGGCCUGGGCAAGAUGGCGGCGGCCACUGCGGAGGGCCCGUGACGGAGGGGCCAUGCUGGCGCUGCGGGCCGUGCUGGGCCGCGGCGGGGCCGCUUGCAGCCCCCUUAUUCAGACAGCCAGAUGGUACGCCAGACCUCUGAGGAAAAGAAAGAAAGACAUCCCCAGCCAUUUGGAUGACCUUCCUCCCACAAUGCUGAAGAUAGGUUAUGCCGAUGUCCCAGUAGUAAGUAGUGUGGAUGAUGUAGUGAAAAAGCUGUUGUCACUGGAAAUGGCAAGCCAGAAGGAGAAGAUGAAAGUAAAGACACAGCAGCUGGUGGAGAAGGUCAGGAGGUCUCCCAACGACGAUGGCUCUUUUGAGGUGCAAGUUGCUAUAUUGACUGCUAAGAUACGCACUUACGAGGAGCAUCUUCAGAAGCAUCCCAAGGAUAAAAGGAACCGCCGCCACAUGCUGAUGGAUAUAGAUCGCCGGAAGAAACUCCUGGGCUAUCUUCGGCGUGUCCGCUAUGAUGCCUUUGAGAACACCUGCAAGCAGCUGGAUAUCCAGUACACCCCACGCCCUACCUACACCCGGCGGCCCACCAAGCGCUGGCUGGUGAAGAAGGCGUUCUGUCGCAGGGUUUUUGAGGAGGUGCGGAAGCUGAAAGCGCCAGAGAGGCGGAAGCAGAGGCAAGAGUGGCAAGCAAGAGCCAGAGCUGAGCGGGAGAAGGAGGCGCAGGCGCAGGCACAGGCACAGGCGGAGGGGACACCGGUGUAGCAUCACAUUGAACCUGGUGCAGUGUCUUUAACAAUAAAUAACUACUGAAAAAGCC